AGUUUAUGUUGUUUGUAGGUUUGAUUACUCUACAAUUUUGGAUUUAAUUUAAUGUGUAGGUUUGCUUCUAAAUGAAAUAUCAUAUAUAAAAGCUGUAGAGUGUAAAUUAGGUGACAAACGAUCUGUUAUGACAAGUCUAUUAAGCGGCACAGAAACAGAACUCUCUAAGAUGGUGUUAACUUCGACGGAACACUACACAAAUGAAGUUGAGGAUAUCGGGAGCGAAAGUACAUUAACUGCUGAAGCAUUCAUUAUAGAAAAUGCCAAAUGCUUUCUUUGCGAUCGUAAUUUCGUCGAAGGUGAAGGUACCUUUCUGAUAUUUGAAAGCCGUUUGCGAGAUGAUGGAGGAAUUGAUAAUCCACUGUCCUUCAUAUUAUCAACGGCACUAGGCAGGGACCUGGAUGAAACUAGCGCCCAUUCAGCCUUACUUUGCGAGGCGUGCAACAAAAAUGUCAUUGAGUUUGAAAAGCUACUUCAGAAAUUUUGUGAAAUGCGCAUUCGUAUAAUCACUUCUUACAAUCAGACCGUAGAGGGCUAUAACAUUGAACCAAUUCUAAUUGAUUUUGACGGCGAAAUUUCUCACGGAGAUAAAACCGAGGUUAAAGAUGUGCUUGACAGUAUAAUUUUUGAUGAAGCAAAGAGUAAAAAGGAGAGUUUAAAUACGAGUAUAAUCACACCCCGAAAUGAAAGCCAGAGAUGUUGGGAAAACAAUGGAGCAGAGAAAAAUAAUUCAGAAGUUCUUGUGAAAGCUGAACAAACUUUGCAAGACCCAGAUUUAGUCGAAGAGAUAAUAGACAAUGAAACAAUUGUUGGCGAGUGCAUCAUUUCGCAUACUGAUUCUGAAGUUAGAGCAGAAUACGGCGAAAGCAGUUUCGUAAAAUGUAAUGACAUUGAUUCGGACUUACGUGUUAAUGCUGAGCAAGAUGUAACGAUAUGUCAGAUGCGAGACGAAUUCAAUGGCAGUUCUUCCAUUUCAGGUGUCAAAAGCGAAGAAUCUUUAAUGUACGAUCCAGAUUGUAGUAACAACAGCGCAUCCAUAUUACAUUAUACGAUGAGUGAAGAAAAUUCAGAUGAUGAGCAUGAUAUAGACGAGAACGCACAGUUUGGAAAAAUAAAGACGAUUUUCGAGCAGCAGGACAAUAUAUACUUUUGCCUGUUGUGCAAAGAACGAAAAGCAAUGGUUGCGGAUCCAUUUACGGAGCAUAUGAUUAAGAAUCAUGGCAUACAUUUUUAUACUUGUGAAUUUUGUUUCGCUGGUUUUCUUUCUAAUGAGAGUUUAAAAGAGCAUGUUGACAAGGAGCAUUCCCAUCUAUAUAUUACAAUGCAAGAAAAUUCUGAAGAAUAUCAGUGCAAUAUAUGCCAACAAGUUUUCGUCAGUCAAAGAUUGCUGCGUUUGCACAAACGCACUCACAACAUCGCAACCUUUCAAUACGAAUGCUCCGAGUGUCAGAAGAAAUACAGUUGCCGGAACUUGUUGAUUGAUCAUAUGAAUAUGCACACUGGGGAACGACCAUAUAAGUGCACGAAAUGCCCUAAGAAGUUCGCGUCAAAUUAUACAUUGCAGGCGCAUAUCAAAAUUCAUAGUGAACGGCUGCGUCCAUAUAAGUGUGAUAAAUGUAACAAAGCAUUCCUUAACCAGCAAACUCUUACGCACCAUAAGAAGCUACACCUGGGGGAGAAAACAUUCAUUUGUGAUAUAUGUUCAAAGGCCUUCGGCACCCAGCACAACCUUGAUGUGCACAAGAUUGUACAUUCUGGGCAACGACCGUUCAUAUGCCGAACUUGCGGCAAAUCUUUUUCACGCCGCGCGGAAAUCAAAGAUCAUGAACGUAUACAUACUGGGGAAAAGCCUUAUAAAUGUGAUAUGUGCGAUGCCGCUUUCGCCCAACGCUCAAAUCUAAUGACACAUCGAAAGUCUACACAUUUAAAUGAAAAAUUACACAAAUGCGAUCAAUGCGGUCGUUCUUUUAAAAGACGUCGCUUGUUACAGUAUCAUAUUAACGCCGUGCACACGGGUGUACGCCCCCAUGAAUGCGAAAUAUGUGGUUCGUCGUUUGUUUAUCCAGAACAUAAAAAGAAACAUAUGCUUAUACAUGGAAACUCUAAGCCAUAUACCUGCGAAGUAUGCGGCAAAGAGUUCAACAGUUGUGCAAAUCGAAACGCUCAUCGUUUUGUUCAUAGCUCCAAAAAACCAUACGAAUGUCUCAAAUGCGGUGCCGGGUUUAUGAGAAAGCCACUGCUUUUGGCACAUAUGAAACAUGCAGGUCACACGAAUGACACAAUAAUAAUAAACCAGCCGCAUAUAAACGACAAAGGCACACUGACAUUAGGAAGUGAGAUGAUUACGGUUGACUCGCAUGAUACAACAAAUGAACUGAAUGAAGUUCCUGUCCAUUUUUUACAAGAAUCAAAUACAAGUGUUUGUAAUGAAACACUGCAAAGUAUUCCGCAGGGUACAGCUGAUAUUAUAUGUGAUGUUGCAGAAACGGAUAGCGUGCAGUAUCUGGAGUUUGAUGAUUUAGACAAAGAUGGUCACCAAAUAAUAACUUGGGUAGAUAUUAGGCGAGAUAAAGAAGAGAUUUAGUGGUGGUUGAAAUUUGUAUACGAAGGUCACUAUUUAUGUUGUGAGCGGUGGCAACGCUAAGUAUUAUUUGUUGUAUGCUGCUAUUUCUAUUGAAAAGUUUUUUUAGUUUGACUGUAACAUUACUCAGUAGAUCGUUUUCUUAUCUCACCAGGAUUUUUGUGGUUUACUCUUCUUUUUCUUUAUUGGCGCAGUAACAUUUUAGCUGAGUUCAAGCUCUUCUACUCUUGACCCUUCCCAGCGGUCGCUGCACUAUGUCCAUGUUUGUGUACAUCUCAUAUAGCUCAUCGUUCUUUCGUGUUUAAUAUUUGCCGUCACCAGCGCGCAAAAGUUAGUAAAUUUGCCACAGAAUCUUUCCCUCGAACACUUCCCGAAUAGACGAAGCCCUUCACUUUUUCAAAUCAAUAACUGCCAAAAGUUACGGGGUUCCUAAAUCGCGAAUGCACUGCAUUUUUGUGUGAUAAUAGGAGAUACUUCGUUUUGUCCUCAUUCACCUUUAGGGUGCGAGCAGAGUGAGCGCUGAUGCCAAGCGGAGCCGAACCGAGCUUAUUGACGCUUAUUUUCAUGCGAGAAGAAAAUUUGUAUAUAACACAGUGAAUGCGAGAAUCAGCGCUGAAAUUCUGUUUAUUCCAUGUGUUUUGCUCUUAUGUCAUUUAAUUUUGUUGUUCAUUUGUGUUUAUAAAAUUGCUGUACACGGUAAUGGAUUCAUCUGAUGACGAGUAUUUUGCUUCUUCUAGUGUGAUUAAUGCAAUUAUUAACACAAAAGAGUUUGGAAAACAUCCAAUUACACUAAAAAGGAAUGAAUUUGGUGAAUUUCAUCAAUUAUAUAAUGAUUUAAGAAAAUAUCCAGCUAAAUUUCAACAAUAUACCAGAAUGAAAAUUGCAACAUUUGAUUACAUUCUGGACAAGAUAGGUGUGAAACUAAACAAAAACUGGACAAAUUUUAUUAAGGUGCCAGUAACUUCUUGCGAAAGAUUGAUAGUGACUCUGAGGUAAAAUAAUUCUUUAAUACCUUGUUUAAUUCAAUUAUAUUUCAUGUAAUAAUUUGUAUUUAUAAAAAACUAUUUAUGUAUCGAGUCAGUGUAAUAAAUUGGCGUCUCCUUUGCCGUUUGUAUUUGGUCCAAUAAUGGCUCACUUCCAAUUUGUAUGGAGGCAAAUGAUGAAGUGGUUGGUUCAUUUGUGAUUUCAAUUGGCACAAAUGUGCUGGACUGAAAAUGUCCUGCUGUGCUCAAAUCAAAUUGGUACUUUUAUUUCUGCUGCAACCGAUGUCCACAGUUUUUCCACACAAACACGAUUGUGAUACAAUUUGUUUUUUUGGUCCCACAAAGCAGGCCGGGAAAAAAUUUCACUUAUUAUUUGAUCGAUAUCCAUUUUUUUUUAUUUUUAAACCAUUAAAAAACACAACUGCACUCUAAAAAGUAAACAUCAGCAAUGCAAAAAAGCGCGCAAAACGCUUUGAAACUGUUUUCUCGCACUCAUCGGCUUUGCUCUCUGCUCUUGUCGGCGUUCACUGUGUUAUACACAAGCUUAUUUGUAUUGACUUGUAUGUAAUCAGUUUUAUCGCACUGACAAUCUUUAUCGCACUGACAAUCUCGGCUCGGCUUUCAGCGCCCAAUCUGGUCGUCACCUUAGACACAAUAGCGUUGCUUUUAAUGGCGAUGAUGUCGAUAUCAUUACGUCGAUACGUCUGAUAUCAGUCAGUAAUUGUACGCUCUUGUAGAAGGCUGUAUCAGCUCGUUACAGCUAUGCAGCUCUUACUAUCUUCUCUGAAUUUUAGGACAGUGCGACGAUAGAAAUCGUCUUUGCCCAACUUGGCAUUAAAAUCGCCAAGUACGUGGCUGGGCAGCGAUCUAUAUAGAAGAGACCCUUGAGAUCGUCCUUCUCUUCCGUCGGGGCGUUAGCGCAAAUCAACGAUAUGUUGACAAAUUUUUCUUUGUUACGGAUUGUGGCAAAACGUUCGUCCAAACGGAAUUUCUCUCCACCGCUAAUUCGACACCGAAUUUUCGUUCCUUUACACGACAACUGUAAUAAACGUUACAGAGUCCUGUGAUUUUCUUUCUUUGUUCCGUCCAUUCACUUUCUUGCAUAAUGAUGAUUUUAGCCUUAGCAUUGUCGAGGACAUCAACUAGCCGGGCAGAAGGUCCUUCCCAUUUAAGAGCACGCCUUGAAAUCACAUUAUUUAUCUCGUUUUUCAUGGACAUCAUCACAGAAAAUUCUUAAAGGAGGCAUUACUGUUCUUCUCAUUGGGAUAUUUUUACCGAGACGGGUUGAAAACUCGGCACACACGGUCAGUUGUGCUUUUUCACAUCAGUUUGCCUCCAACUCGGUGUUCGGAAGCUACCCUGAACAUAGUUGGGAGAAACCCAGAGGUUGUGAGCUGCUUCAAUCGUAUGCAGGAGAAUUGGUGUGGUGAAUCGGUGAAUGGUGUUCAGAAACUUUCCCCACUGCGUAGACUUCUACGCCCGGAACCACCUUCUAUGUUAUGUUGUUUACAGUUACUUUAAAUUUGGGUACGUGGGUAACCCAAAGGUGGAUUAUUAAGGCAAAAAUACAUAAUCUCGGGUAUCCUUCGAUCAGGGCCGAAUUUCUUGACGGUUAUAAGAUCGUCACAGGCAACGGAGUCUCCUGUUUUUUUAUUAUAAAGACUCACAAUAUAAAUAGUUACUGCGUAUCUAUAGCAUUAUCUAGUAGCACUGUAUUGAUUCGUGCUUAUCUGUACAAAUUUUCCCAGUAACAGUAAAAGGGGCACAUAUUUUAGUGAAAUCUUGACUUCUAUUCAAAUAAA